ACACAUGCUGACGAACCCAAAGUCUUUCCCAAGUCAAGCCAACCCCAGAGAGCACACAUCUCCAUAUUCAUCCCUCGCUUUUCAGUCCUCUGUCCACUCCAUAUCUUUUCGCUUGCCCUCCUUCUCCUUCUCCUUCUCCUUCUUCUUCCUUGUUCUUGUUCUUGAUCUUGAUCGGAGCUUUCGUGGGGUUCGGUUCGAGAUCAGAGACGAUGCAGAGGUUGACGGGGAUGUGCUGCGUGAAGGUGAACGGGAAAGCAAUUGACCAGGAGGAUCACGGCAACGGCAACGGCAACGGCAACGGCACACCGCUGCCGCCAACAACAACCACCACAGCAACGGCAACGGUGGCGGCGGCAGCAGCAAGAAGAUCAGAGGGACCGUGAAGCUGAUGAAGAAGAAUGUGUUGGACAUGAACGACAUGAAGGCCUCGUUGCUCGACCGGAUCUACGAGCUGUUCGGCAAAGGAGUGUCCUUGCAACUCGUCAGUGCCGUCCAUUCCGACCCUUCAAACGGGUCCAGAGGAAAGCUUGGAAAAGUAGCGUACUUGGAGAAAUGGAUCAGAAAGAUCACUUCGUUGACGGCAGGAGAAGCAGAGUUCGGCGUUACGUUCGACUGGGACAAGUCCAUGGGCAUUCCUGGGGCGUUCAUCAUCAGGAACCAUCAUCACAGCCAGUUCUACCUCAAGACGGUCACCUUAGAAGACGUCCCCGGUCAUGGCCCCGUCAAAUUCGUCUGCAAUUCGUGGGUUUACCCAUCGCAUAGGUACAAGUACGACAGAGUAUUCUUCUCAAACAAGACCUACCUACCGUGUCAAACCCCGUUGGCAUUGCUCAAGUACAGGGAGGAGGAGCUUGUUAACCUGCAAGGAAGUGGCUCUGGUGAGCUCAAGGAAUGGGACAGAGUUUAUGACUAUGCUUAUUACAAUGACCUAGGAAGUCCCGACAAAGGUCCUGACCAUGCACGCCAAGUCCUUGGCGGAAGCAAGGACUUUCCAUAUCCCAGGAGAGGGCGAACCGGUCGAAAACCAACAAAGAAAGAUCCGAAUUGUGAGAGCAGACUGCCUCUGCUAAGUCUAAACAUUUACGUUCCAAGAGACGAGCGGUUCUCCCACAUAAAGUUCUCCGACUUUCUGGCUUAUGCUCUGAAAUCUCUGGGUCAAGUGGUGCUCCCUGAGAUCAAAUCCCUAGGCAACAAGACUUUCAAUGAGUUUGACUCGUUCGAGGACGUGCUUAGACUUUAUGAAGGCGGCAUCAAGCUGCCCAGCGGACCGAAAUUCAGUAAGCUCAAGGACCGCAUCCCGUGGGAGUUGCUCAAGGAACUUGUCCGGAAUGACGGUGAGAGGCCCCUCAAAUUCCCAAUGCCCGAUGUCAUCAAAGAGGAUAAAUCUGCAUGGAGAACCGAUGAAGAAUUUGGGCGCGAAAUGCUGGCCGGAGUGAACCCUGUCAUCAUCAGCCGUCUCCAAGAAUUUCCGCCAAGAAGCAAGCUUGAUCCUGCAAAAUAUGGGAACCAACACAGUACAAUAAGGAAGGAACACAUAGAAAUGAACAUGAAUGGAAUCACAGUAGAUGAGGCGAUUCGACGCAACAGGAUGUUCAUAUUAGACCACCACGACGCGCUGAUGCCGUACCUGACGCGUAUAAACUCAACCGCCACAAAGAUGUAUGCGACUAGAACACUGUUGCUACUGCAAGACGAUGGGACGCUGAAGCCGCUGGUGAUCGAGUUGAGCUUACCGCAUUCGCAAGGAGAUCAUCAUGGAGCCGUCAGCAAGGUCUUCACUCCUGCAGAAAAUGGAGUUGGGGGCUCGGUCUGGCAGCUUGCCAAGGCUUAUGUCGCUGUAACUGACUCCGGCUACCACCAGCUCAUCAGCCACUGGCUGAACACACAUGCCGUGAUAGAGCCCUUCAUAAUCGCGACCAACCGGCAUCUGAGUGUGAUCCAUCCGAUAUACAAGCUCUUGCAUCCCCACUUCCGCGACACAAUGAACAUAAACGCUUUGGCGAGACAGAUUUUGAUCAAUGAUGGCGGAGUGCUUGAAAGGACCGUCUUUCCUGGGAAAUACGCCAUGGAAAUGUCUGCUGUACUUUACAAGAACUGGGUUUUCACAGAGCAGGCACUACCUGCUGACCUCAUCAAAAGGGGAAUGGCGAUCCCAGACUCAAGAUGCCCCCAUGGACUCAGUCUUGUAAUCAGGGAUUACCCGUAUGCAGUCGAUGGUCUAGAAAUAUGGUCCGCCAUAGAGACUUGGGUGAAAGAUUACUGUUCUCACUAUUAUACUCAUGAUGACCUGGUCCGAGGCGACUCGGAGCUUCAAUCCUGGUGGAAGGAGGUCCGCACCGAGGGCCACGGCGACAUGAAAGACGAGCCCUGGUGGCCCGCAAUGCAGACACGUGCCGACCUCAUCCAGUCAUGCACCAUCAUCAUCUGGGUGGCCUCUGCCCUUCAUGCAGCCGUGAAUUUCGGGCAAUACCCUUACGCCGGGUACCUCCCGAACCGCCCAACUGUUAGCCGCCGGUUCAUGCCUGAGCCAGGGACGGCCGAAUACGAAGAGCUCGAGAAAAACCCUGACGUGGCAUACUUGAAAACUAUAACGGCUCAGCUGCAGACGCUCCUAGGAGUGUCCCUGAUUGAGAUCCUAUCGAGGCAUUCGACGGACGAGAUCUACCUCGGCCAAAGAGAUGACUCUCCCGAUUGGACAUCGGAUGAAGAGCCGAAACAAGCAUUCCAGAGAUUUAUCGACCAGUUGACCAAGAUCGAGGAGAGGAUCACGGAUAUGAACCAAGACAAGAGGUGGAAGAACAGAGUCGGGCCGGUUAAGGUGCCUUAUACACUGCUGUACCCGAACGCCUUGGAUUACUCCAACGUCGGGGGGCUGACAGGGAAGGGAAUUCCAAAUAGUAUUUCAAUAUGAUAUUUCGUGAGCGUGAGAAGUUUGAGUUCUAGCGUACUAUUGUUGUUAUUUUUUUCUCAGUUGCUAGGAUCCUAAAUGUAAGAUGAAGUUUCUGCUUUGUAUCAGAACUAGAAGCAUAAAUGUGCAUAAUCCUUGUUUUCCAGGAAAA